AGACAGUCUCCUCCUCUCCUCUCCUCUCCGUCGGACGCGAGCGAGAGAGCGAGCGAGUACCGACACUACUACACACAGACAGACGCACACAACACACCGAAACGUGGCCGGGGAAAGAAGAGGGAUCUCUCCUGUAUGUGAGCAAGGGCUGGCUCUGAAAAAGUCGUCUUGGUCCGUCCAACGCUCACUCGGAUAACCAUGACUUUUUUCCUCUUAUGUGUCUGCGUUCGUCUUUGCGUCCUGACGCGAUCCGAGUCUGAGUUCUGAUCCGAAAUGCAUCGACAGUCUAGUGAUUUGUCGUUCGAACGACCGAUCGCCGGCGAGCUUCGGCGAAUUUAGGAGACCGGUGUUCGAGAACGAGUGGCAUAACAUAACAUACUGGUGUUGGUGGUGGUCAUUGAUAUUAUGUGUGAUCGGGGAAGACCGCUGCGCGCUGUGUCUGUCGGUCGCGACCUUUAGGGUUUUGUUAUAUCUGUUCCGUGGACGAGUAGCGAUUGUUCAAGUGUUCUUCAGGAACAGCAGCGGUCGUGUGUUGUUCUUCUGCCGCGGCGAGGCCACCAGUGUUUUCAGUGCUGUGUUUUGUGACGAGUGUUAAAAAAAAAAACACAUCACGAAGAGUAGUAUUUUCUGUUUGUGUUUCUCCAAGCAGUUUUAUAAAGAGCAGUGAUCUGGUGCGAAAGAGAAAUAGUGACUGGAAUGUAACGGUGUGCAGGAGUUGGUGUUUUUUCUCGGUUACGGAUUGUGUGACUGGAUACUUUUCUUUAUCUCUUGGGAAACCAGCACUUUUGACCGCCGGCACCUGCUGCCUUCCUCGACUCUGCCCACCACGAGUACCCUGAGGCAUCUGAUCCACGACCCUUACAACCACCCCAUGUGCGUGGGAGGCGGCGGGGGCGGUGGCACCACGAGCCGAAGAAGUAGCAGCAGCAGCAGUAGCACCGUCUUGGUGGAUGACGUCGGUGAACCUGGAGGAGCCCUUCGGCGCUCCCACACCCUGCCCGUGAAUGCCAUGAGGAAGGGACCUGGGCGCGUCCCUACCGCCAUGAAGUCAUCUACCCUUUCCUCGUCGUCCUCCUCCACUUCAUCCUCCUCCUCGUGUGCGUCAUCCUCCACCGUCUCCUCAGCCAAGCGCGAGGGAUCCCUGAGGGGGCGGAGCCUAGAGAACGAGGAAAUUGGGAUGAUGCCGCCGCCCAGCAGCAGCAGCGACAGCCUGAAGCGACAGCCACCAGCAGUCCUCGUGGUAGGAGUGCCAGUCGCCCCACCGUCCCUCCUGCAGCAGCACCACCACCCGUCGUGCGACGAAGACACCGACGCAGCCACCGACGUGUCGGAGACGUCGACCUUCUCCUCCUCCUCUCUGGUAGCGCGCGAUGCCCCCGAGAUGCAUCCGCGGGGCGCCGCCGUCGGCACGCUGAUGCGAGCGAACUCCACCGGAAGUAGCCCCUUCAGGAGAACGCUGACAUUGCCCGCGGGAGCAAUCUGCAGACGUUGUCCUGGCGCCAGGGCCUUGGACGUGAGGAAGCUGUCUUAUCUGCAUCCGAAGGCGGAGUCUGCCGCCGGCGAAGAAGACAAGGAGAACCUGCUUCUAGACACGAUCGCUGAGCCAAACGCCGCCACCGACGUCAAGGACGAUGACAACAACGGCGCGGGCUCAGACGAUCAUGGCGGCGUUGGCGGAGGAGGAGGAGGAGGAGGUCGGCCUUCAACCUCGGCCUGGCUGGGUAAGAGGCACUCGACCACGUCCACGCUCUCAGGGCUGUCGCGCCUCACGUCCACGACGACUACUGACGAAGGCGUGUACCUGUACAGCGAGGCAGGCAGCGUGACCUCUGCGUCCGUUUACGGCAGCGUCCGGGGAGGCUGGAGCGGCAGCAGCAUCGACGAGGGCAUCAGCGUCUACAGCGCCCCUUCCCUCGCGUCCUCGGGCGACCUCAGCUCCCUGGGCAGCUUCUACGAGCGCACGGGCGCCCGGCCCAAGCAGAGGGCGGGGCAGGGCAUCCUGCAGAAGAGGAUAGGCAAAGAUGAGGACGACGAGAAGUGCAAUCGCUGUCAGAGGGAUUCCGGGGGCAUGGGAGGAGGGGGCUUGACUCCCCUCCGGAGGACCAGGAGCCUUCGGGGUCCUCGGCACCUGCCCGUGACGCCGACGUUGCUCAGACUUCUGCAACUGGGUUUGGAGCAAGUGGGCGGCAAUGUGGGUGGCGGCGUGUCAAGUAGUGUGCAGAGGCGGGAAAAACCACAUCCGCCCAGGAUCGACGCCCACAGAUUUUCCAGAGCAAAUUUGGAAGAUUCCGGCGACGUUGAAUUGGAUGCAAUCUUGGGAGAGCUGUGCGCCUUGGAGACGCAGUUUGAUUUUGAGAUUUCCUCCAAAACUCCACCGGCCUCUUCGUCCUCCUCUGGUGUGAAUGCACCUUCGUCUGUUAAGUCAACGACGUCAGGAGUUCAAAUAAUAGACAAAAUGCAGCCCAAACAGCAGCAGCAGCAACAACAGCAGCAGUCCCAGCAGGGCCAUUAUCAACAGCUGCAUCCACAACAGCAAAGACAGAGUCAUUCGAGGUCCAACUCUGGAAACAGGACCAAGUUUGAGCCUUUGAAUGUGGAUGUGGACGUUUCAAACACAACCAUGGCAAGAACAGACAGCCCUGAUAAUGACUCUGCGUUCAGUGAUAAUGUAUCCAUGUUAUCUUCUGAAAGUUCAGCUUCCAGCGGAGCUUCAGGUAGUGCUGGAUCCCGUCAUGACCCUACAAAACAUGCAGCACAGGCGGAACAGGCAGCUAAAUUGAAAGCAGAGAAGAUAAAAAUGGCUCUGGAAAAAAUCAAAGAGGCCAAUGUCAAAAAGUUGUUUAUAAAAGCUUUCACCUCUGAUGGCUCUACAAAAUCUCUCCUUGUGGAUGAAAAGAUGACAGUAGUCCAUGUAACAAGGUUGUUGGCAGAUAAGAAUCAUGUUAGAAUGGAUCCCAAAUGGGCAGUUGUUGAACAUAUCCCAGAUCUCUAUAUGGAGAGAAUAUAUGAAGACGACGAGAUGCUGGUGGAAAACCUUCUUCUCUGGACACGUGAUAGUAAAAAUAAGUUAUUGUUCCUCGAAAGGCCAGAUAAAUAUGACCUAUUUUUACGACCUGAACAGUACAUCCUUAUAGGUUCUUCUUCACAGAAGAACUCUGACCUCGAUGAUGAAGGAAGAAAUACGCUAAUAGAGGAGUUCUUCUCAAGUACGGGUGUAGGUGUUCCAGAAGUCGAAGGACCUCUGUUUCUCAAAUCGGAAGGAAAGAAAGUGUGGAAGAAAUAUUAUUUCGUUUUGCGGGCGUCAGGAUUAUAUUACUGCCCAAAGGGAAAGUCUUCCCGGUCGUCCAAAGAUCUAGUUUGUCUGACAACUUUGGAGGUCAAUCAGGUUUAUUAUGGAGUUGGCUGGAAGAAGAAAUACAAAGCACCAAGUGAUUGGUGCUUUGCCAUAAAGCACCCGCAUCUUCAAGCUAAAAGUAGUAAAUACAUAAAAUAUUUAUGUGCUGAGGAUCCACGGACUUUAGCCCAGUGGGUUAUGGGCAUUCGGAUAGCCAAGAGUGGAAGGCGACUUCUGGAGAAUUACCGUGCACUAGUUGAAGAUCUGGCACAGGAAGACAUCGACAUGUUAGCAUCAUCUCGAUCAUUCAGCAUUGCAUCUAUGGCUGGCCAGAGUGGCUUGGGUACUGGAUCACAAGGACCAUCACAGGCUACAACACCAUCUUCAGAAUCACGCUCAUUGGACUCCUGUUUAGCCCCCAGCCUAACUCCUAGUGUUGUCGAUGGAGACGAUGGAGGAGACGAUGCACAGUCAUCGGCAGGGUCUUCGUCUCAAGAUACUCCGGUGAACACCUUAGGCCGGACGCCAGUAUGGCGCCAGGAUAGUCUUAAGAGUGGCUCAUCUAGUAGUUCGAGUGGGUGCCUAAGUGAAAGGUCUUCAGCUGGUACUCCCACUGGAGAGCACGGUUUUGAAUCUGACUUUCCACAGGGGACCAUCAAAAGAAAACCGUCUAGUAAUCCUAAAUUACCCCUUACAUCGACAACAAGGCUGCUAGUGAAGGAGGUCGAGGGAGAAGAUGCCGUCGACUCCCCAGCCAGGGGAUCAGCAGUGCGGCAAAGUGUGCGUCGCUCAAUCACUGAAGAAGUAAACACCCUACGUAGACGAAAUUCUGUGACACAGUCCCGUAGUAGUGUGAACAGCAGUUCCUCUAAUAAUGCUAACAGUACUAUGACUAGCCCAGUGCCUCAGGAAGAAGAGAUGGACAGCUUGCCCUUACCCCCACCCCCUCCAGAAUUAACUGAACCGUGUGCAAUGGAGUUAUUACCUCCACCACCUCCGGAAUUACUGGCCUCUACUCUUAGUUUAAAUUCCCUUCCUCCUCCACCUGAUGAAGCAUCCUUGCCUCCUAUCAAUCCAGAAGAUCUCAUGAUGGCCAGUAUUACUUCCUUACCACCACCGCCUCCACCUAGUCCACCCAAGCCUUGUAGUCCUCCACAUAACAGUGCUGCACCACCUUUACCUGCUCAUGCCAAUGUGAUCCAGUCAGCUAGCACCAAUAGCAACACCACUAGUGCUCCAAGUCCACCUCCUCAUGGCUUACCAUUGCCACCGCCAACAACGCCAAAGCCGACAAAACCGAGAGGUCCUGGUUCUCCAGUGUAUGGCUCACCAGUAUAUCAGUCUGUAACUCCACCAGCGGUAGCUCCUAAACCUCGUCGGGAUUCUAGUGAUUCUGCAACUUACUCUUCUCCACCAUAUUUAGCUGAAUUACGUGCUCAUAACGGCACCCUCAAUGGGUCUAGUCCUCAAGCAACCACACCAACUUCAAGUCAUAAUGGAGGUUGGCAUCCUGAUGCUCCUUUGCCACCUCCCCCUCAAUCACCUACUGGAGGACAACCUGUGUAUGCACAACCACAGAAGAGUCCUCAAAAGAAAGUCAAGAGGAUAACUUUCCUUGACGACGUGCAAAAUAUCCCUCCAACUCCAGACUCUCCAACAGCGAAGCCGCCCCUUCCUCGACGUUCCGACUCGACGAGACUCACAAUGCCUGGACGCUUGGAUAGUCCAGGCAGUAAGUUUACUCCUCCCCGUGCUUUCCUCAAUAAUCUACAACGUGUGAUGCAAAAGAAGUGGCAAGUGGCGCAGAAGUGUAAAGAUUUUGAUAAAAUGCCACACGAAGUGUUAGGUUUUAGAGACCCAAUUUUACCAAGUGAAGCCGAGCGCAAUGUUGGAGCUUGGAUACAAGAACACUAUGGUAGUCUGUAUGAAAAUCUCUCUCCCCAUGGUUCCCCUCCUCAGCCAAGUAAUGACAAUGUAGAGACAUUGCAACCUAUGGGUAGUUACACAUUACAGCCCUCUCCACCUCCACACGCAGAAGACCUUCACAGGCUCUCACAAACCACACCUUGUCGUAAGAAACCUCCUCCUCCUCCACCCAAGCGGUCGGACUCGACUCAGUUGAGUACACGACAAUGACGACUGCGUUGAUAGUGGCUACUUAACUUGUUACACAUGUUAUCCCACUUACACCUGAAAGGAGGCUUAGUGUUGAUGAAUAUAUAUAUAUAAAUAUAUAUUUAAGAAUGUUACUUAAUUAUUAUUACCAUGACUCCCAGUGCCCUUAUUUUUAGCAGGGUUACAUUAGAGCAGUGGUGAUGUGCCGGUGCUGAUGAAAGUGAGCUUCUGACGCGAGCUCAGUGCUUCUAUUGGACACCUUCAGUGUAACUGGAAUUGGUGAUAAUCGUGACUUAUGAAGUCUAACAUAUUUCCAACUGAUCGUGAAUUUGUAUUUCUUACCUCUGAUGUAAAGUACCUUUAUAGAAUAAACAAAUCUUUUGUUAUUAUAAUUAUUAUUAUUAUUAUUAUAUGUCAAUAAGGUGAGCUUGUUGGGUGGUUUUUUCUAAUGGUGCUAAAACCAUGGCUGGUUACUAAACAAAUGAUGUGCCAGGUAGAUCAAAUCUGCUGAUGCUGCUGCUGAUGAAGGGCUUGGAUCCAGUACUGAUGUAUGGCAUAUACGUAUGAAACUAGUUUGGAAUUUGGUUAGCUAGUCAGCACUUUAGCCAGCUAGUGAAUGCCAACAUGACUGGCAUGAGUCAAUGUAACCCUCCACACCCAAGACAUGAGGAUAUUGCUGAAACAAAAUAAGCAUGCUGGUGUACGUAUACCUGCAGAUUCAUGACUUUAAAAAAAAAAAAAACUGUGUACUCUCAAUGUUCAGUGUGCUAUAGUUCCAAUGCCCUGACAAAAGUUACUGACAACUGCAGUCCAAUCUACCUGUGAAAAUGCAUAACAUUUACGACUGGUAACUGUUUAUUUGUGAGGGUAUACAGUUACUGAUGUUUGUUUGUUUAACCAGUUAUUUUGGAAGCUGUGUAAAAGGUGUAUAUUGUAAAUUCAGUGUUUUUGUAUCUUUUGUAAAAAUAUUAAGUAACCCCUAGUUAGAAGAUGGGGGAAUGCAUUUUUUGUUUUUAAUCUUACAAUUUAUUUUUAUUGUUUAAAAAGGAAAACAGUGUGUUAAAACUACAUAGGCAUUUUCUUACAUUUCUUUCACUGUCAUGUGCAAUUAUGGGUUAAGAUUGUGUAAGUUAAUCGACCAGAUGAUAUGCUUAUAUAAUAUAUAUUUUAACCUAAAUGGUUAUAUAUACUGCCAGAUAGAAGUGAUAAAGCCAUCCAUUUAUAUAAAAAAAAAUUGCUGAAAAGUAAAUUACGAAAGUAAUUUGAAUAUUCAUAUUAUUGAGAUUGAAUUGAUGUAUCACUGAUGGAGUAUAUCAGCACUGGGUCCCGAUUGCAGAGGUAACAAUUUUAAAGAAGUCAUGUCAAUGGUUUUCUCAGUGUUAGGUCAAUUUUAACUUCACACUAAGAGAGACAAUCUUGAAUUGCCACAAAUCUCUUGGCACUUUAUUUUCAUGCUUUUGAUAUCCUAAUUCCAGUAUGAAUGCAAUGGAGUGACCAAAGACAUUCUGACAUUCAGACUUCUGUUUUUAUAAGAGUUUUACAUAAAGUAGAAAGAAGUGAUAACUAUGUGCACUUUGAACCAUGAAUGAGGACUUAUAAUUUAUUAAUGAAUGCUCAAGAAGGAACUCCUUAUAUGCAUGGGACAGUAGGGCCAUUCUGUGUUUUUGUUGGAAGCCAUUAUUCAGAGAAUUUCAUGUCAAAUGCUGCUUCUGUUGUGUUGGGGUUUCUGCUUGAAACAAAGUCACAAAUCGUGUUUGUAAACAUUCACCUUUUGCCUUGUAUGUAUUUGGGUAGACUGCAACUUAAGAUGAAAACUGACAAUAUAUGUGAUGUGUACUACCCAUGAAUAUUAUUGGGUUUUAGCCACAAAUCUAUCUUUUUCAAAAUUUUACCAUAAUUUUUAUUAGAAUUCUGGCCAUAAAUAAAGUCGUUUUGGCUUCACUGAUGGUAUUUUUAUGCAUAUUGUACUAUGAUGCUUUUUAAUAACAUUUUUGCUCACCUGGAAAUUCAUCUGUAUCACAAUGGAUUGAUACCAGCAGCCUGUGUGUGUGUGUGUGUGUGUGUGUGUGUGUUACCUCAGAAGCACACCUCAUGUGCAAUAAGCCUUGUAAUCGAACCUUGAAAAAAAAUGCUUCUGUAGGAGAUGGAAAAAUGUGUGGAAAUUGAAGAACAGUCCAUAAUUCAUUUCUAGACUAAAAAGAAAUAGGUAAAUAAGACAUGUUACUCUUUUAAAGGCUGUGAUUUAGUCCUUGAAUUGCAAAGAUAUCCCCUUUUCACCUGUUACGUCGGAAAGUUAUAUCGCAUGCAUGCUUUUGAGAAAAAGGUAGUUCGAAAAACUCUUGUACAUGUACUUCCCCAUUUGUCACAAAAGUGAACUUGCUGGAAUCUGUGUACACAUGGUAGAAGUUAGUGUUUUAUGUCCUGUGGUUGAACUUCUGAUCAUGUGUGAUGUGCACAUUUGAAGUCUACAUUGUCUUUUCAUGGCCAGAAAUUUUUCAUCUCGAUAAUAUGAAUAUUGUUAUUUUUUCGUAUGUUUAUACUGUGCUAACCCCAAGUAGUAAUAUUUUCAUGUAUAUGAAUUCCUGUCCUUCAUUUGUUUUUCCAGAUAAGUACUUAUAGGCAAUAUUUUGAUUCUAUUCUGUCUCUUGAUUUUGAAACAUCAAUUUUUUCAAAGUAUAUCUUUUUAUUAUGUAAAAGGCAGUUGUACUCUUAAUUUGAUAUAGUUGGGUGAACAGACUGACUGCUCUAGUUUGUGUGUUUCUUCAGUCUUGAGAAGUUUGUGCUGUAGCAGAAGGAGGAGGAGGGUCGGUAUUCCAAAGGUGGCGAUUGCUGAUUGCUUCAUUUUGCCCCAUUUAUAUUUUUAAUUACAGUUUGUAUAUAAAAAACUUAUAUUUUGUUGUUUGUAUUCUAUGUGUAGCUUUUUUCUUGAAACUUGAGGUAUUCCCUACUGCUCUACUUUCUUCCUCUUCAUUUCCUGUACAAGAAAAGCUUGAUAUGUACUACUACAAUUCUAAAGCCACGGUUAAAAAAAGCUCCGGAGCUUUUAGUCCAACUUCAGGUCUUGGUCAUGAUCUAAAAUAAUGCAAAUUGCUGACUACUUUUUACAAGACAACUGGCUCCUUUUCCUACCCUUAAAUCAUUCAUGCCGUAUAGUACAUGCUAUUUACUUAACUACUAGUACAUAAUGCUGUGACUCACUUUGUGUGUUUGGUCUCCUAGUCUCUAACCCUUACGACCUCCCCGGGUGUGUCAGUCAGUACCUAUUCUCAUAUUGCUUGUAUACUGUAACAGAAUCUAAAGGAAAAAAAACUCAGAUUAUCUACCUUUCCUUUCUUGGCCUCACCUCCCCCCUCCCCCUCCCCCCCCCCUCACUUCACCUCUCUUACCCCUAGUCUUACUCUCUACCCUGGUUUUCAGAGUGUGUCUCAAAGGCAACUGAUGAUUAAAGACUGUGUCUGGCAUCCAGUGGCCUUGUGCCAACUUCCACAUGUACAGAAAAUUAUAUAUACAAUAUAAUAAAAAAUUCCAUGGAAAAAUAA